CUCACCUGGCGAUCCACCGAGGGAGACUUUGAUCGAUCGGAGCGGCACGACAAGAUGGCUCCAGGACCAGUAGAUGCACCGGUCAAGAGCUGGGCAGACGAUGGUGAAGACGAGGCAAUCACCUUGCCUGAGAUCCAGACGACUGUCGGACCGGACGGAGUGACUACCGUCGUCGAAUACAAAAUCAACGAGGAUGGCAAGAAAGUCAAGGUGACCAGGAGGAUCAAGAGGACACUCGUGAAGACUCAAGUGAACCAUGCCGUCGCAGAACGGAAAGCUUGGCCAAAGUUCGGCAAGGAGAAAGGUGCCAAACCCGGUCCUCACGCAGCAACGACGACGAUCACCGAAGCGAUACGGAUCAAGCUACAGCCUGGCGGUCUCAAGCCUCCCGUGGAUGAUGAAGAGGAGAGGAUCGCAGCGCAGAAAGCCCAACUCGCUCAGAAGAGAAUCACCUGUCGAUUGUGUCAAGGCGAACACUUUACAUCUCGCUGUCCCUACAAAGAUACUCUCGGCGGUCUGCCCGGCGUCGGUGGCGAUGGAGAAGAUGAUACCGGUGUGGCAGACGAAGGACCGGGCUCAACGAGCAAGGACGGAAAGUAUAUUCCUCCUUCGAUGAGAGCGGGCGCAGCCAACCGGGUCGGCGAAUCCAUGAACGGUCCUCGCAAUCGUGACGAUAUGCCCACUCUGCGAGUCACCAAUCUGUCGGAAGAUGCCACAGAGGACGAUCUCUGGGAGCUGUUCGGCUCUGCCGUGAGAGGGAUCGGCAAGAUUCACAGGAUCUACGUCGGUAUGGAUCAGGAAACAGGACUCUGCAAAGGUUUCGCCUUUGUCUCUUUCGAAGAACGAUCGACUGCAGAGAAAGCGAUGGCCAAGAUCAACGGCUUGCCAUAUGCUCAUCUCAUUCUCUCAUGCGCUUUCUCUGUACCGCGAGAGAAUCGCGAUACCGAGCGUCGUUAGGCCUUGUUGCUACAUGCAUUC